AAACAUUUGUUGUUGAAUUGCACCUUACUGCUUGUCGAUAAUUUUAAUUGUUAAAUUCUAUUAAAUUAAAUUAAAUUUAUACAAAAACAAUGAUUGGGUCGAAAAAGAAAACAAAGAGGCCCAAUGUUUUUAAGGAAAUUGCAGAAAGUUUUGGUAUCCUCACACAGCAUCCGGAAAGUUUUCUCAAACCGCAACCGGAAAAGAUUGAUGCCAUUCAACAGUUGAUACAACAAACCUAUGCGAUAAGCAUCAGUGGAGAUGUGGAAAAUAAGAGUGAAUUGUUGCCCGAACUCAUUCUGGAGGAUAUGGAUGAGGAGCAAAUCUGGCAGCAAAUGGAAAUACGCAAUGAAUUGUUGCUGCAGCAGCUAAUAAAACAAACAGCUCAAUUAACAGCCAUGAGGGAGCAGCAUUUGGGUAUAGAGCUAGAUGAUGACGAUGAUGAAGAGGAAGAGCCGGAGGAUGAUCAACAAGUAGAGGAACAUCAAGAAGAGGAGCAAGAGCAGGGUUCAGAUUCCAGUGAGAAUGAUUUGCCUGCCCCCAAAUCAAAAACGAAACCUCAAAAACCAGUAAAAUCGAAACGCAUUCGAAAGUCUGUGGUAGAUGAUACCUUCUUCAAAUUGGAUGAAAUGAAAGAGUUCUUAGAACAAGAAGAUGCCAAGGAGAUGCGAAAACAUAAAAAUAAACACCGCAACGAGAAUGAGGAAGAUUUAAUUCUUCAUUUUGCUGAAGAUUUUGGUUUAGGCAUUGAAGAUGAUGAUGAGGAUGAUGAAGAUGAAGUUAAUGCAAACUAUGCCGAUUUCUUUGAUAUGGAUGAGGAAUUGGAACAGUUAAAGACACAAACUUCUAAGCAGACCAGUAAGCAAAAGGAUUUUUUCAAUGAACAGCAGAGUGAUGAAGAGCAGCAAGAGGAUGAAGAAGAAGAUGAAGAGGAAGAUUAUCAGCAGCAGCAGCAAGAGGAUGUCCCUAGCGAAAUAGAUGAAACUGAGUUUGUAGGCAAAGGAGGUGGUUUAGAGCCCGCAAGCGACUCGGAUUCAGAUGAUGAUGGUGAUGGAAAACAGCCAGACGAUGAUGACAGCGAUGAGGAAACUUCACAGGUGGAUCCUGCAACGCAAUCUUCUAAUGAGUUACGUGAGGCUCGUCUUUUGCAACGCAUUCGGGACUAUGAAGAUAUAGUUUUGGGCGACAAACCUUGGCAGCUCAAGGGUGAAGUCCAAUCGUCGCAUCGUCCACAAAAUUCUCUGCUUGAGGAAAUUCUCGAAUUUGACUCCACAACCCGACCCUCGGUUGCCAUAACGGAGGAGGAUAAUCGCAGCAUUGAGGACAUUAUUAAACAGCGCAUUCGCGAUAAAGCCUGGGAUGAUGUCGUGCGUUCUGUGCGUCCAAAUCUUACUCCUCAGGAAUACCGCAAACAAUUGGUUCUGGAUCAAGAGAAAUCCAAACAGUCUCUUGCCCAAAUCUAUGAGCAGCAAUAUCAACGUGAAUUGGACAAAAUUGAUCCAAAUCGUGGUGAUGGCGAUGACAGUUCCGCCCCAGCGCCGAAAGAGCAUCAGGAGAUUCGUCGUGCCAUGCAUUCGCUGUUCCUUAAAUUGGAUGCCCUGUCCAAUUUCCAUUUCACACCGAAGCCAGUUGCUCCAGAAAUCAAGAUUGUGACCAAUACACCAGCUGUGAAUAUGGAAGAGGUAGCUCCAGUUGCUGUAAGCGAUGCCAAAUUAUUGGCACCAGAAGAAGUCUUCCGUGGACCCAAGCAUGCUCCUUUGGGCAAAACAGAACGCACAAGCACCGACAAAAAGCGAGAGCGACGAAAGAAGAAGCAAAAGCAACGAGCCGUAAAUUCUGCGCUGGAGGCCAGAGAUCUUCAGCGAGCCAAGGAGGGUAAGGUACCCACGAAACGCGAGGCAGAUGCCAAGCUCCUGAAAUCAAUCACCAAGAGCCGCAAUGUUCAAAAGAUCACUAGCAGCAACGAUCAGAGUGCUCUAAAAUCUUCGAAGGCGUUCUUCAAUAAGUUGCAGGAUACAACAACGAUAUCCUCAUCCACGACGAACAAGAAGCGUCCCAAACAGGACAGCUCCAAGGCGAAUGCAAAGAAGCUAAAACUUUAAUGCAAAUAAUAUUAAGACUUUUCCCCAAUGUUAAUUAUAUAAUCCUAGAAUACUGACGUCAGUAACUAAAGAGAAAACCAAGUCACGUGCCCUCAAAUGGCUAGCACACACAAAUCUCUCAUGCCGGCAUACUACGUGGUUACAAGGAUCUUUUGAAUUGAAUGCGACAAAUUUCCUAAGAAAAUUUCACAUGGAGCCCCAUGGGAGCCGCCACGCGUCCCAGUGUGUCAUCUUUACAAUGUGCGUGUGACGGUGUGUGUGCAAGGACAUUCGUUGGUCUGCUUUGGCUAUUAGGCACGCGUGGAGCUACACAAUUGGAUUAUUUUUAGAAUAUAUUUACUUAAAAUAAACUGAGUGCUAUUUAAA